UGACUAUGCUAAAACGCCUAAACAAAAUAUGUCUAAGAUGGCGGUGAUGAUUAUUGAUGAGUGGUGACCAACACAAUAUGUGUAUUUUACAUAUUAUCCGUGUUGCUACCGGUCUAUAAAAUUCUUUCUUGGUUGUGAUAACAUUACGAAAUUAAUUUAAUAUUCUUUGGAAACAAUUUUAUAAAUGAGGCCCGCGCCCCAUAGAGCACAAUCCUCAAUUUUCAUUCCUCAUCAUAGUGAAUUGUGACCACAUUGAACGAUUCGGCUUUUGGUUAAAAUUUCUUAAUUAUCUUCUUUCGCUCCAUGAUAUUUUAAAAACGUACAUGAAGAGUUAUUGAAAACGUAACCCGUAUGGUAAUGUAACUUAUGUCUCGUUCCUGUUCAAGAAAAUAAACCAUGGAGAAAUUAUUAGUACCUCAUAAGUAUGCUAAUAAUGACCUUUAUAUUACUCAUGCUGAAUUUCAAGGAUGUUUCAUAAAAAUUUGGGCAAACUUUUAUUCUCAAAAAAGAACAAAUUUAGAAAAAAAUAUACAAGAUUAUGAAAAUUACUCUAGGGAAUGUAACAAAUUGGACUUAUUUGGAAACAAAUUAUACGUAUAUACUUGGAAAAAUGACUAUGAAUCCAGAGUUUAUAGAUGUCGAAUUCUACAUUCAGAUUUAGUAGCCAAAACUCACAAUAUAAUACUCAUAGAUUAUGGCCGAACUAUGGUGGCAUCAUUUUUUGAUGUAAGAGAAGUAAUCCAGGAUGUAGAUCCAUCUUUUUUAAUUGAUUUGUGUCAAAGAGCUACUGUAUACACAUUUUUGCUUAGUACAUUCAUUAGUAAACCAAAAUCAAACAAUGAAUUAGUUAAUAUUUUGUGUAAUAAAUACUACAAGUAUAGAAGGGACUUUGAAGUUGGUGGUAUCACAUUUGUAUCAUUAUUUGAUGUUGACAAAAUACUAAUUGACAAAGGCAUAGCAGAUAAUAUAAAUUUAUCUACAAUGAUAACCAUCGCUAAAAGUAUGGAAUCAACGAUUGAAUUAAACAAUAAAACUGACAUGAUAAACAGUUUCCCAAUUAAAAGUAACUCUUUAGGCUCUGGUUCUUUUCUACGAUCCCAACAUUUAGACUAUGUUACUUUAAUAGACAUAUCUGUCACAAGAGUUGUUAUGGAUAACACUUCAGUUUUAUUAACAGUCCGGAUACUUGAUAAUGAAUCUGAAGCAUUAGCUAAUAUGUUAAAUUCAAUUGACAGACAAAAUUUAAAACUGGCACCUGUUCUUGAAGUGUAUACUCCUUGUUUGAUUAUUUUGCAUAACAAAUUGGUUAGAGCUAUAAUUUUAGAAGUAAAAGUUGAUCAAUUAUAUAUUGAUCUAGUUGAUUACGGAAUUAAAGAAUUAGUUCCCAGGACUAUAGUUUUUGAAAUACCUCCGAAUUGCUAUUUAAUUGAAAUGCGGUCUUUGAAUGUAUUACUAGACAAACCAAAUGAUGUUAUUUUAAACCAAAACAUGUUUAUUCAAAAAUAUUUUCAAAUGUUACCUUUGAAAAUGGAUCCUAAUUUUGGUUUAUAUAAAGUUAAAUUGUUCAAAAAAAAUAAUGAAGAACUUGUAGAUGUAGGCAAUGUGUCAAAAAAUAAUUAUGAGCAAUGUUCAAUAUCUUUGAAAUCUCAAGAAAUGUUUUCAAUAACUGAAAUAAAUGAUGAGAUUAAAAGCAUUGAAAACAAUGUUGAAAUGUGUACAACACCGAUAAACCAUUUUAAAUGUAUUCAAAAUGGAAAACAAAAUACAAAUCUUGAAGAAAUUAUAAGUAAAGAUUCAAAAAUGAAAAAAAAUACCGAUUCAGAAAUAAAAGAAAUCAGUAAUUUAGAAAUGAAAGAAAUCGUAUAUCUAGAAGUAGUAGAAAAAGAACCAGAAAUUAUAAAACAUAUUUUGCCAACUAUGUCCUUAGAGAAAGAAACUUUAAAUGACACACAAGAAAUUAUUGGUUUAUUGAUUUUUUACAAAUCACCAUUUAACUUUAGUAUAAGACAAUAUAAUCCAAAUUUUGAACCUUUUAUGAACCAUAUUAAAACCGUAUUAAACUCUCGUUAUAUUUUAAAAAAAUGUGAACUUGUGAAAAACAUGUAUGUUAUUUAUCAAAUUCAAUCAAAUUCUAUAUAUCGUGCUAAAAUAAUUGACAUGGAUACUGAAAUUAAAAAGAUUAAAUUACAAUUGAUUGAUGAAGGCGAUAAAAUAAUCGAUGAACAUUUUGAUAAAAUCAAAUUGUACAAUUUUGUUGAAAAUGAUUACAGUUUACCCAAACAAUUAGUACUAAAUUGUUCAUUGAGUGACAUGUGGUUUCCUGUUAUAAAUAUUGAUACAACAUUAAUAUUACAACCACACUUUAAAAUAGGUCAACUUUAUAAGAUUCUAAUUGUAAAAACUGACGAGUCUGGUAAUAAGGUAGUACAGAUGAUUCAUAAAGAUACCAAUGUUGAUGUUUCUAAUGCUAUUCUUCAAUCUGGAAUUGGGCAACGUUUAAAUGCUGCUAUGAAAACAGAUGAAAAUCCAUAUGAAGAAAACUUAUUAGUAGGUCAAAGUUUUAUCUCAUAUGUUUAUAACUAUCAUUUAAAAAUAACCAUUCAACCUGAACCAAAUACUGUUGAUGAACUGGAAGAAGAAAUUCUGAAACACAUCAAUGAAAAUCUUGAUUCUAAAUCAACGGAUAUUGAUUAUUCCCAAAGUACAUAUUGUUUAGCAACUAUUGAUAAUGAACAAUGGUAUAGAGCUUAUAUAAAAAGUAUAAAUGAAGAGUCUAUCAUAGUAAACAUGUUUGAUAUUGGCUUAUUGACUGAUGUACCUUUAAAUCAGAUUCGACCAAUUACAAGUAAUUUAAUGAGGAAACCUCAGCUUUGUUUGAAUUGUCAUUUAGAAACUAAAGACUUAGAUGUUAGAAUUACUGAAAAAACAUUGUAUAAUGUUACAGUAAAAUCUAUUGAUUCUAAUGGAAUGUUGUGUAUUAAUAUUAAAGAACAUAAAUCCGCUCCACUUUCCACUCCAAUUAUUCGUGGAAUUGAGAAAAUAUCAUUUUUAAAUGUUGAUGGUGAUUUGACUUACUUGCAGAGAUCUCAAGAUAUAUCAAAAGUUGAACAAAUAUCUGAAAAGCUAUCAAAAUUGAAUGGUAAAUUAGAAAGUAAAGCUUCCAUAGUACCAGGUGACAUAUACAUGUUUGAAAAUUAUGGUAAAUAUUAUAGAUGUGUAGUUAAAUCAAUUAAUUCUAUAAUGGUAGUUGUACAUUGCAUUGACUUUGGUUAUGAAAAGCAAAUAGAAAAGAAAAAAUUACAAUAUUUGGGGCGUACUAAAAUAGCACUGUUACCAGCACUUGUUAUCACUGUUAAAACAUUCCCGAUGGCAAUUAACAUGUGUAAAACAAUUUUCCUAUCCUAUAUGCAUGUAGAUCAAGAUGGAACACUUAAUACUUUCCCUUACAAUAUGACAUCAAUAGAGUCAGAAAAUAAAUUAAUGAAAACUCUUGAAAAUGGAUGUUUAGUAAAAGUCACAUGUGUUUACUCAGACAGUCAUUGUUGGAUUGUUCCUCAUUUAUUCAAUGAUAGGCUAAAGUUUAUUUCGAAUAUUCUUAUAAAAAUGCAAUCAAAAAUGAUACCGGCUGUGACUGAAAUUGGUUCAAUGUGUGCUGCCUUACAUUCAGUAACAAAAAAUUGGCAUAGGGCUCUAUUAUUAGAUAUUGAUGAAAGUACUGAAAACGUUUUGUCGAUAGAUACAGGUGAACGGUUUAAAGCAUUGAAAACCACUAAAUUGGUUAGUGAAAUUCAAAAAAUACCAAAUUGUGCCUUACGCUGUCAAGCAAUGUCAAAUGUAAAUAUUAAUUCACUUUUAAAUAAAGAUGUAAAAUGUAUGCUGACGUCUUGUACACAGUCAUUACUCGAGGUAAAAUUAUUUACAAAUGACAUAAAUGAAUCUGAAAUUACUUCUACUAUGUCAGUUAUGGAGUGGACUGUUACAAUUGAUAGGUUUGAGUCAUUUAACGAGUUCUAUGUCAAAAGAGUUGAAUUUGGUUCUAAUAAUGACAUUUUGGAUAUGCAAUUAAAUUCUGUUGCUAACAACUUUGAAGAUUUUCCACAGCUGCCGCCUAUCGGCACACUAGUUGCAGCAUUAAUUGAUAAGAAUAAUGGUGUAUGGUAUAAGGCUGAAAUGUUGACCCCCGUUAAAACUAAUUUAGUUGUUCGGAUCAUUAAUGAUGACACUAUUUGCAAAGCGAUAAAAAUAAAAGUUCUACCAAGCAUCUUUUGUAAUGAAAAAUUAUAUUUUAAUUGUUGCUUGGAUCAAGAAAUUCUGGACAUUUUUAUUAAUGAUCCUUUAAAUUUUGAUGUUAUCUCAGAAAUGAUGAUGAAAUACAAAUGGAGAAUGAAAACAACAAGUAAUUCUGAACCAUAUAAAGUGACAUUGACUUAUAAUGGUAUAGAUUGUAUUGAUAUGUUAUAUACAAUUUUAUCUAUUGAUAACCAUGAAAUUUCUGAAAAUGAGCCACAAACUUCGAAAAAUGUAAUAAAUGAUGAUUUUACAAACUUAACUUUAGAAAAUCCAUCAAAUAACAUUCUGAAGAAAACAAGUAAUGAAAAUGAUUUAAUUUUACCUGAAGUAGAAACUGUGGUUAUCAAGCAUGUUGACACAUUUCAAUACUUUUAUGUGUACUCUGAAAGUUUAUCAAUGUUAUAUAUGUCACAGAUUAAUGAGAAUUUAGAUGUUAGCAUAGUUGAAUUAUCUUUAAAUGAUAUUAAAGUUGGUUCCAUUGUUGUUACACAUAGUCAUCAUUUUAACUGUUGGUGUAGAGCCAAAAUAGAAAAUAUUCUACCUAAUGGUGACAGUGCUAGUUGUUAUCUAAUGGACUUUGGUGACUAUGAAGAAUGUAAUGAAUUCUAUAAGCCAUCAGAAUUUCUUUGCAUGUGUCCUCCAUUGGUAAGACGCUGUUCAUUGUAUGCACCAAAAUUAGCUGGUCAAGAAAAUGAAAUUUGGUUUCCUAAUGUUAAUGAUAUGUUCAAAGAUAUAUUAUCAAUUGAAGGUGUUAAGUUUGAUAUGGUUAUAAAAACCCAGGGAGAUCCUUGUGUAGUAUCUUUACAGCAAGCAAGUUCUGAUGUUAGCGCAAUGUUGGAUCCUCUUUAUGUUCAAUUGACACAUGUUAAUUCUUUUACUGAUUUUAAAAUUAAAGCAAUAUCUAGCGAUCAAGAAUGUAUGACUAAAAUGUUGGACAGCUAUAUUAAUAAAACAAAAAAUUUGGUGCAGGUAGAAAACCCUAAAGUUGGAGAGAUAUAUCUUUCCAAAAUUGAAUCAAAAUAUGUACGUGUAAAAUUUGAAUCAUUUAGUGGUUCUAAGUAUGUAAUCAUUGAUAUUGAUAAUACAUUGAAUGUUUUGUCUGUAAUGAAUUUGUAUGAACUACCAAAAGAUAUACGUGACAUUCCAAUCUUAUGCAUGUCUUGUGCUUUAAUUCUCGAUGAUAAAGAAGAAAAGUAUAGUUUAAGUAUGUUCCAAAAGUUGGCAAACCCCCAAGUUACCUUUAUUAUGUGUAUAAUCAUAGAGAAUGAUGGUAAAAAUCCUAAUUUCGUUAAACUUUAUCUUGACAACAAAGAUGUUCUUGACUUUAUUAAAUUACAAUAAAAGAUAUAUUCAAAUAUGUUAAAUUAAUUUAAUCUCAUUUUAA